AUGAGCUACUUCCUGUCCUACUGCAAAGCGCACUGCGCCGCCGUGCUCGCCCAGUACCAGAGCCUGAGAGCCGAGGGCUUGCUGUGUGAUAUCCUGCUGAAAGUGAAGGAAAAUGAGUUUCCUGCACACAAGUCCCUCUUGGCCUGCUCCAGCGACUAUUUCCGGGCCAUGUUCAAAAGCUACACCCAAGAAUCCAAAGCCAGCGUGAUUCAGCUCCAAGUCGUCUCCCCCACCGGCCUCCAGCACAUCCUGGAUUUCAUUUACACCUCCUUUUUGCCCCUUUCCUUCGAAAGCCUGGAAGAUACCUUGGAAGCUGCAAGCUACUUGCAAGUGACUGAUGCCCUUGGCUUGUGCAGUCAGUACUUGGUUAAGAGCCUUGCCCUGGAAAACUGCUGCUUCUCUGCCAACGUGGCAAGGAGGUUCUACCUGCCGGACGCCUUAGCAGCCACGGAAAAAUACAUCGCCGACAACCUCUGGAAGCUGCUGGACUUGGAUUUGCCAGGCCUGCUGGAGCUGAACUUCAGGUCUCUGCUAGCUGUGGUUCAGUCCCCAGAUCUUGCAAUGGUGCAAGAAAGCUGCCUGCUGGAUCUGGUGCUGCUGUGGCUGAAGCAGGACAAAGCCAGGCUGGCUCACGCCAGCAGCCUUUUAGAGCACGUCAGGUACGGCCUCGUCCCCGUGCAGGAGCUGAGGAGAACCUACACGCAGUCAGACGUGCCCCUCUCUGCAGGUAUCAAGUGCUUGCUCAUUAAAGCAAUCAACUACCACAUGGCUGUGUCCAAGCAGCCUGUCCUGCAGGACAAGUCCACCACGCUGAGGAACCCAAAGACUCGGAUUGUCCUGCUGGGGGGAGGGACGGCGAGCGAGGGUCUCCUCACCGAGGUGGUGGCCUUUGACGUUUACAAUCACAAGUGGAGAGCUCUCACCCAGCUGCAGGACAGGCUGCAGAACCACAGCGUGUGCGUGGUGGGCAACUUCCUCUACGUCUUGGGUGGGGAGAUAGAAAGUGAUACCCCGGGAGAUGGCAAAACAGGGGCAGCCUUCUACAUCACCAACAAGGUCCAUCGGUACGACCCCAGGUUUAACACUUGGGCACAAAUCCCGGGCAUGCUGGAAAAGAGGUGCCAGUUCUCCUGCUGUGUCCUUGGCAAGGAUAUCUUUGCCAUUGGGGGAAGGGGUGAAGGUGGUGUGCUGCACUCCUCCGUGGAAGUCUACAACAUCAGCAGGGACAGGUGGGUGAAGGCCAGGGAGCUGCCGUGCAAGCUCCACGGCCACGCCAGUGCCAUCUGCAAGGACACGAUCUACAUCUCGGGGGGCAAGUACUCGGAGCCAGGCAGCACCAGCAAGGACCUGUACUCCCUGAGCUCCCCUGAAGGGCAGUGGACACAGCGAGCCCCCAUGAGCAUCGCUCGCUUCGGGCACCAGAUGGCAAGCCUCAGAGAGGCCAUGUUCACCUUUCUGGGCUUGUAUGAACCCUUCUCUGAAAUAGAAAGGUACAACCCGGAGCAAAACCAAUGGACCCGGCUGCGGCCCCUCACCUACGACCGGUUUUGCUACGGCCUGGCGGUGGUGGAGGAGACAGUGCUGCUGAUUGGGGGCAAGAAAUGGCAGAACUCCAGGGAGGUCCCCACGCAGGAUGUGGUUGGCUAUGACAUCGACAACGACGGCUGGGAGGAGAUAUGCAAAGCUCCUUUGCCCUGGUGCGGGCUGCAGUGCGCAGUGCUGGAGCUCAGCGAGCUGCCAGGGGAGCAGGAUGGUGACAGCCAGACGAAGAAGCACAGAGUCACAGGACCAUAG